AUGCGAGUGCAUGCACAAUCCUUUAUAAUUUUUCGAAAAGGCAAAAACACUGAAAAAGUAGUUUUUCCUACGCCAGAUGGAGAAUUGUCUAGUGUCGAGAAAUACACGUGGCGUUGGAAUCCAAUUCCUACGCGGAGAUUCUUCCAGGUCACACCCACAAAAGCACAGAAUCUUCUCCCAAACAAUAAGGUUCGCGCUCUCGCUGCUCUGUAA